ACCGAAGGUAUCGGUUCCAUGGAGCGUCACGGCGGAGGGAGAGUGUCUCAAAAAACGAAAAUAUAAAAUGCAUUUCACCUCAGACUACACAAAAACGUGUCCUUGUUUAAUAAGGAUGAAAAAUAAUGACAAUGUUACGCGCUGAACUGUUUGCAACAGUGAUUUCAGCAUUGCUCAUGACGGUUUAAACGACUGUAAAAGGAAGGCCAACCGAAGACCGUGACCCCAGAGCUAAGCUGACAUGUACCCAAACACCCUGAUCGCAGAGUUAAGCUGUCAUCUACUCAGAUGCCCUAAUUCCAAAGGCUCCUUGAUCCCAGUGGUAAGCUGCCGUCUACCGAAACACCCUGAUCCCAGAGGCAAAGCACUGUCCGCCCAAACACCCUGAUCCCAGAGGCAAAGCACUGUCCGCCCAAACACCCUGAUCCCAGAUGUAGGCUGCCAUCCACGCAAACACAUUGUUCCCAGAAGUAAUCUGCCAUUCACCCAACCAUGCUGAUCCCAGAGGUAAACUACCUAUCAUCUAACCGCCUUGUUCUCUGGGGUAAGCUGACAUUUACCCAAAUACCCUGAUCUCAGAGACAAGCUGCUGUCCACCCAAACACGCAGGCGCCUCAGGUAAGCUCACAUCCACCCAAAUGCCCUAACCCCAGAGGUAGGCUGCCUGUGACCCAGCCCCCUGACCCCUGAGGUAACCUCGCUUCCACCUAAACACUCUGAUCUCAGAGGCAAGCUGACAUUUGCCCAAACACCCUGAUCACAGAAAUAAGCUGCCAUCCACCUAAACGACCUACCCCCAGAGGUAAGCUGACAUCCAUCUAACUGCCUUGAUCCUAGGCUGCCCCAGUACGUCUAGGUGGUGACAAUCCAUCCUACAGGGUUGACAUGAUGUGCUUUCCUGAAGCACACAAAGGACACCUUGGGUUUUAUGAAGGUGUAUGACAGUGUUUUAGCCCGACCCUUGUGCAGAGGUCGGAAGUCUGCGGGCGGAUUGGCGGGCGGCGGGACCACGGCGGCGGAAGGACUCUGCUCCAGCGGCGACGUCGGUGGACCUUCCCGGAUGGCAACGGCCGGCGGACCAUCGAGGAAGCCCUUCAGCGGGCCGUGGCUGGUAGCAGGCGGGGGCCUGCGGAAUACCGCCCGGUUCUGCUGGAGGGCUGAGGGGGAGGUGGGCACCUUCCCCGACCGGCUGGCCUUCAUCCGGGAGGUGGCCUUUGGAGCGUUGGGCCUUCAGAUGCAGGACAUCCUCUGCGUACAGCGGAAUGGGCCCUUCCGCUUCUUCGAGGUCACCUUGUCCACCGACGAGAGUUACACCAAGGUUCUGGAGCGGAGCAAGGAGGGGGCCCAGCACCCCCUCCUCGGACGUUACAACAUCGAGCCGCUGUGGUGGCCCGACAAGCAGCCUCCCUUCUGCCGGCAGUGCCACAGCUUUGGACACACCCUGGAGGGAUGCGCCAACCUGCGCUGCCGCAACUGCCUGGAGUCGGGGCACAUGGCCAGGGACUGCAAGGGCCCCCGUCGCUGCAUUCACUACAACGGCGAGGACCAUCUGGCUCGUUCCUGCCCACAGAAAAAGACUACAUAUGCCGACGCUCUGUCGGGUAACAGAGCAGUCGGCACGGAGAAUGGUGGGGGAGCUCUAGCCCCCACGACUGGGCAGGAACAGCCGGCGACGGGGGCAGGAGGAGAAGCCCUGGUCGAGGUGGAGGAGGCCCCGGCGAUGGUGACAUCCAUACAGGAGGGGUCUCCGAACAAGGUGGAGCAGCUCGCCCUGGCUCCAGGCGUCAGCAGCAGGCGAAAGAAGAGCGGUGCAUCCCCCCGGGGGAGGAAGAAGAGCAGAAGGGAGGCGCAACCCGACGCACCCAGCCCUCCGGCGGCCACCUUGCCAGCAGUGGCGGCCGGGGACCAAGGCCGACAGUGUCCCCCCUCCCCGAUGUUAGAGGCCCUCCCUUUCCUGAUGUACCCCCUGUGCUGCUGUUGGUUGAUUCUCAGUGUUAGUAGUUUGUGAGCCAUGCCUGCCAUGGACCCCAAAGGGGGGCCGUGCCUGUGGCGGGCUGGGAGUGGAAUUUCCCUGGGUCAUAGGGUUUUUGCCCUCCCUCCUAGGCUGGAUGGACAGGAUUGUGUGUGGGACUCCUUGGAGUCCCAAAGGGGGAAAUAUAUGGAAUAUUAUUUAGCACUAUAUAACAUAGAAUACAAGUAUUAUGAUAUUAUUAAAAAGUGUGUCAAAUAUCCAUGAUGUAAUCAUUACAAUAUAAACAUUGCUUUGUGUUGAUUACAAUAUAAUCAACUGAGUAUGUAUUUGCACCUUUUGUUAGUCUGAGAUUCUGUUAUCUACUUUAUGUUAGUCCUGAAUCUAUGAAUAUUCUUUUAUUAACGUAUAUUUUAUCACAAUGUUAAAGGAUAAAUAUAUUAUCAACCUUUUAGUCAGACAAUGUGUAAAAGGCUGAAACUGCCUAGGUUUACUACUGAAGGAAGGGAUUCGCCUGAGUUCACCCGAAGUUCACGGCUGAGCAUUUUUAAAAAACCAAGUGGAGCUGCUCGUGCCACCAUUAUGUUCAGCCGAGAGACCAAACGGUAAAAGAAAUGAUGGACAAACUUGUCACCUAGGGGUGUGGAUUAAGGGAAAAAACAAUUAUUGUGAAUGGCUGAAGGAAUGAUGAUGCUUAAGUGACAAGAUAUUGUUAAAUGAUAAGAACUUAUAAAAAUUGGUGUAAAACAGUACUGGACACACUUUUACGUGUCCAGCCUUGGUUGUAACUUUAUUGUUGCAAUAAAGACUGAAUUCUGGAUACUGCACAA